UUAUUUUCGAUACAAUUGGUACCAGAAACGUUAAAACCGGCAAUUUUAUCAUCACUGAGCAAAGCUAUUAACAUUUCAUUUCGAUAUAAUCUGGCAACUUGCAUUCAGCUGCACUGCAUAAUUGACAGACCAGUCUUUCCUGUGGAUUAAACAAUUUUGUAAAGAAAAAUUAAUAAAAUUGUAAAAUUUUUGCAACUGAAUAGUGUGCUACAUUAAAAAAAAUUUACUCAUCAACUUUUGAGUAUUAAAAGCUGAAUUGUAUGAGGAAGAAAUGUCUUACUUCAAUUUAACCCGCCCGCCCGUACGCGAAUAUGCAGGAGGUAGCGUUGGUGGUAUACUACGUAAAGGUGGCAGUAGCAGUAGCAGUGGAAUUUCCUCAAAUAAUGGUACAUACAACAGCAAUGCGUCUAAUCCUUCAACAACCGGAUUGAAUGCUGGCGAGGCGCGUCAAGUUGACCUACUAGUUUUCGGUUAUGCUUGUAAACUGUUUCGAGACGAUGAUAAGGCACGCGAUAUCGAUCAGGGCAAGCAUAUGAUACCAUGGAUGGGUGAUACAACGCUCAAGAUCGACAGAUAUGAUGUACGUGGUGCCUUGUCCGAAUUGGCGCCAUACGAACCGCCACCGGGUGGCUAUGGCAAUCGUCUUGAUUACCUAAGCGCCGAUGAGCAACGCGCCGAGCAAUUGUGCGAGGAAGAGCGUUAUUUGUAUUUGUACAACAACGAAGAGGAUCACAUACUGCAACAAGAAGAGGAUUUGAAGCGCCUAAAACAGGAUGUCGAAGGCGGUAACUAUACGCAAGUGGACUUUCAAUAUGGCAACGAUGGCGGUAUGCCGCAUGGACCUAAUCGUGAGGAUCUCAACAGUUCGCCGAAUGGCGAAGAGGCAGAGCAGGCGUUUAGCCCGCCCAAAGGCUUCGAAGUGCCGAUCACCAUACAAGUGCCCGAGACAAUGAAGCAACACGCUAUCAUAGAGAAGACCGCACGCUUUAUUGCCUCACAAGGCAUGCAAAUGGAGAUCUUACUGAAAGCCAAGCAAUCGAAUAACAUACAAUUUGAUUUUCUUGCUAUAAAUGGGGUGCUCAAUCCCUAUUAUAAAUAUCUGUUGAAUGCCAUAAAGAAUGGCAACUAUCCCGCUGAAAGUCCAUCGGCUAAAGAGUCUGCAGCGGAGUCUGCAGCAUCGUGCAGCAAAGACGCGAUAACAGGCGCUCACAGUCCAGUGCCUGCGAAGCCGGUUAUUACAGUGCCCACCAUCAAGUACAAGCCAUCAGCUAAUUGCGCCUACACACAGUUGAUCAGUAAAAUCAAAGGUGUACCCUUACCUGCUGUCAUUGAUGGUGAAUUAGCUAAUAUGCCUUCAUCGUCGAAUUCCCCUAUAUCCACCACGCCAACCGGUUCUAAUUUUACGCCUGUACUAUUGCAGUACAAUGGCAGUACGUAUGUCUCGGCGGAGCCAGAUGAAGGCACCAAUUCGAAUUCGAACUCACAUUCGCAUGGUCCUGUUAAAACGGAGGUAGAGUUGUUGAAAAACUCUAGCGUUUUAGCUUUGGCGCAGGAUUACGCCUCCGAAACGGAGUCGGAAGCGGAGGAGGAGCAGCCGAAAACCCCACCAGCACCGAAAAUUGAACCAAAACUCAAUAUACCAGUGCCAACGGAAACGCUCAAGAACAUUAUUGAUAAAACUGCCACAUAUGUUGUGAAAAAUGGACGACAAUUUGAAGAGACUUUACGCUCCAAGAGCGUUGAUCGUUUCACAUUUUUGCUCUAUGAUAAUGAAUUCUAUCCAUAUUAUUUGUAUAAAGUGACCGGCGAUCCCGAUGCUGCAUCGAAAGAGCAGAAGCAGCGAAAAGCCGCUGCAGUGGCCGCCGCGCUGAUGAGUAAAAAGGGUUUGCAACCGGCCGAAAAAGCGAUUUCUCCCGUUUGUUUCUCCAUCAAACCCAAGGAUGAGCCCGCUACUGCGAUUCUUCAACCUGCUCUGCCAUGCGAGCCUAGCGACGAUGAUGAGGAAAGCACUGCCAAACCCACAGCUCCAACACAAUCCCGCGCCGUGCCCGAGCAUGUGCAGAAAGCCAUACAGAUGGUAGAGAGUCAAUUAAUGGCUAGAAACGCACAAAUCGUCGCUAAUGUCGGUAAUCGUGGCACGUCAAAUACCGUUCUAGCGGGCACUACGUUGCAUGGCACACACUCAACGUCCAACCACCAUUCCCAUCAACCCACCGGUAGUCGUUUUGAUGUCGAUUACAACAGCCAAACAACGAAACAACAAUUGAAAAGCUCCAAAGCAGAAAUGGAACGAAAUGCUUUGUUUGAGCAACAACAACAACACCGCCAGAAAGAAUUAAGGAAAGCCGAGGAGAAGGUAAAAGACAAAUUGGCCAAAAUUGCGCGAGAAAAAUUAGGUGGCCCCAUAUCCAAGGAGAAACAGCUGCAGUUGGAGCGCAAACGCAAAGCGAUGGCAUUCCUGAAUCAAAUUAAAGGCGCACCUGGCUCCAACUCGGGCAAGAAUUCCCCAAACGACACCGACAAAGCAAAUGCCAAUGCCUCGGACUCAGAAGAAUCUGUGCAUUCCAUACCCAUAACAUCGUAUGGACCAGAGGAUGACGGCAAAUCGGACGAGGAGGCAAAGCUGUGCACGAUUGACGUACCCAAAACCCAUAUAGCUGGCGCAACGCACAACAAAACUUUUACGGAAAAAAUUAAACCCAAAGUAGCCGCUACCGUGACAGUCUCAGACGAUGACGAUGUACAAUUGGUGGGCGAAAUAAAACCUUUAUCACGUCCCACGAUAUAUAAGCAACGCACAGAACGCAAACGUCAAUUGCGUUCACGUGCACGCGAUAGCUCGCCGGACGAGAUAGCGACAACAAGUACAAAAGAUGAUCGGAAGAAGAAAAAACAUAGUCGCGCACCUAGCCGCUCAACUGUGGACGAAGAUGGUGAUAGCGACAGUUCAGCCGACUCAACAUCAGCAACAUCUACGACGUCAACCGCUACCGUCUCAGAAAGCACUUACUUAAGUGACGAAAGCAUGGAAGCCGAUGCGGCUACCGGGCGCACAAGCUCACGCAUACAUCGUAAGCACAAAUCCAGCGCGAAAAUAGCGAAGAAGUCCAAAACACGAAAGUCAUCAAAAUCGCGAAAAUCUGCAAGCCGCAGUGCGCACAAGAAGAAAUCGAAAAAGCGUGCGCGCAGUCACGAUAGCAGAAGCAGAGCGGAGGCAUUGUACCAGGACUACAAGGAGAGUGAGCGACGUCAUGAGCGUCGCCACAACAGCAAGCACACACACGAGCGAGAGGCUGAAUAUGAGCACGAAUAUCGUCAAAGCAAUAGAAAAAGUCGUAAUCAACGCAGCGCUUCGGUGGAAGCGAGAAGGAAACGUGAUUUCGAGUGGGAGCGUGAACGCGAACGUGAGUACCGUGAACACCGUUCGCAGCGUGAGGCAAAACAACGUGAAUACGAACGUGAUCGGGAUCGCUCUAAAACGCCCACACGCUAUGAGAAGAGGAAGAAGCAUGAACGCUAACCCGCCGUCCUUGUUAUAUCGGCGACAGUACAAGUGACAACAUUGGCCAUCUGAAUUGAGUGAGAUUCGCCCCAGUGACGCGCGAUAUGAUGUUCUGCUCUGAAAAUUAUGCUGUGGUGUUAUGCGGCGUAUAGUUCCAUCCAUUCGCGAACACAUUUCCUUUUGUUUUUAUUUUUUAUUAGCUCAGUAAGCUGAUUGUGUGACACGUGUUGCAUUUCAUAGUUAGUGUAAUUGUAUUUGUUAAUGCUGCAAUUUGAAUAAGAUAUACGAAAAUAAAGCGUAAUAUGUACGUACAUAGAUGUAAA